CCAAAACGAAUGCUAAAUAAUAUAAAAAAACUAAAAGAACAUAUAUGAAUAGAAUUCAAUUAAAAUUUAAACUAAAGAAGAAAUUGGUACCAAAAACAAAGCUGCAAGUGACCGAUUUCUUUUGAUUUGAAGACUAUAAAAGCAAAUGCAUUAAACACUGCACUAAACAGUCAUUAAACAUUCACGCACCAUGAAGACAAGACAAUUGAGUAACCGGUUAUUGGUGCUAAUGAUAUUAGUAUGCUGUAGCCAACAGAUCUGGGCAGGAGUGGUGAAAGGAUCAAAGGGAAAGAAUUCUACUGUUGCUGCAAAGUCAAGUAGCCAAACCACUAAACAACCUAAGGUUUCACAUAAGGCAAAGUCCACUACUACCACAACCACUGCCAAGCCAGAGAUGGAGACCACUACUUUACCAGUUGAUAUAGAUUUAGAUGGACGCAGUGCUUUUAUUAACAAUCAAUAUGUAGCAGAUCCAGAACAACCCAUUCCCGACACUACACCUCCUCUAUAUGAACUUUUGCAACAACAAAUGGAAACGGUGCUAUCGAAUACUGGGUCCAAUAUACAGGUUUAUGCUAAUGAUAGGCCCCAAAUGAAGGAGGCCCUAGAUAAUGCUGUUGCAGGAGAUGAAUCACAAAAACCUCCCGGAAAACCUAUAUUUGGUUAUGAUAUGGGUCAAUUUGAUGACUAUGAUGAGGAAGAUGUAAAUGAGUAUAGUUCAGAGGGUGAAUAUAUACCCGAUAAUUGUGAGGAUACACAAGAAAGUCUGGGAGAUAAUGAUGGUAGCUAUGUGGGUGCAGAACAACUGACACAUGGUAAUCUACCGGCUUUACAAAAUAACUAUGGUCAGGAUAAUACGGAAAGGAAUAUAUUUGAACAAUCUACGCCAAAUAAACCCUAUGAUUCUUCAAACUAUGGACCUCAAAGUUCUAAUAAUCAGGGAACAAAUUAUAAUCAAAAUAAACCCCAUGAAUCCAAUAAUUAUGGUUCACAAACUAAUAUAAAUCAAGCACAAUCUUAUGGCAAUAAUUCUCCCCAAAAUGGCUAUAGUUCUACAAAACCCUCAACACAACAACAUAAUCAUAAAUUAAAUAAUAAAUCAGGUUCAAAAUCGAAACCUUCGCAACAAUAUAAUAAUAAUCAAAAUAACCAAAAGACUUCAGAUCAAUAUCCACAAAGUUCCACAAAUCAAUAUGUACAGAAUAAUCAAAAACCUUUAACAAAUCAAAAUUCUUAUAACAAACCCCCUCAACAGCAGUACAAUACCGUAAAACCAUCACAAAAUUCCUAUAAUCAGCAAAAACCUUUAAGCAACAAUAGACCGUACAGCAAACCCACAACGCAACAGCAAACUAAGCCUGUUUACAGCAAACCAAAUCAAGUCUUUAACACCAAGCCUUCUCACAACACAAAUUACCCCAUUCCAUCUUCCACUACACUUAACAACAACUACAAUAACACGGAAACCCUAAGCUCCCCUUAUGGCAAUUUUAAUACCCUAACCACCACCUCCCUAAAUCCUUCUCUGACACCCAAUUUCACAUAUGGCAAUUCUAAUUCGGUUACUUCGUCACCAUUUUCGGGGCAAAAUAAUAAACUUCCUAAUAAUGGUUCAAAACGUCAUUUAACUUUUAGAACUGUUUCCUCGUCGACGCAAUAUGUUUCUACACCUUUGGCCGAUUUAAUGUUUAAAUUCUCAAUAGGCAUGGCUAAGCAUGGGAACGGGAAAUUGGGUAAUAAUGCCGUUAAUAAUCAGGCUCAAGUUUUUAAUGUUUUAAAUGAUAUUGAUGCAAAAACUGAAUAAUGUGAAAAUAUAUUGAAAAAAAUGUGA